AUGGCUCCUCUCAAGGUCGGCGACAAGCUCCCCGAAGGUGUCAAGUUCACCUGGGCUCCCAUUCUUGAGGAGGACCCCACCGUCUGCGGUCGUCCUCAGGAAUUCGACGCCAACAAGGAAUUCGCCGGCAAGAAGGUCGUCCUCGUCAGCGUUCCCGGCGCUUUCACCCCUGGCUGCCAGGCCUUCCACGUCCCUCCCUACAUCCAGAAGCUCGAUGAGUUGAAGACCAAGGGUGUUGAUGCUGUUGCCAUCAUUGCCUUCAACGAUGCAUUCGUCAUGAACGCGUGGGGCAAGGUCAACAAGGCAAAGGAGCCUGUUUACUUCCUCAGCGACGACAAGACCCAGUUUUCCAAGAACUACGGCUGGCAGGCUGGUAUGGGUGACCGUAACGGCCGCUGGGCCAUGGUCAUCGAGAAGGAUGGCACCAUCUCUUACUCUGAGAACGAGCCCAACCCGGGCCAGGUCACGGUUUCGGGCGCCGAUGCUAUCCUUGCGAAGCUGUAG